AGACCUCACUGAACCGUCAGCUAUGGACGCCAUCAUUCGCUGCCCAUUCCUGUCCCGCGUCCCGCAGACGUUCCUCCAGCAAGCCAGGAAGUCUCUGGUGGCGUAUGCGGUGAAGUGUCCUGUGAUGAUGGAUCUGGCCUCCAGACCCCUGCUGCGCCCGCUCUGCUCCUCUAGCGCCAGCUUCCAGAAGGUGGAAGACUCCUCUGCGGCCGGACAUGAAGCCAGUGAUGCUCCUGCAGUGCCCGCUGGUCACCCUGCUCCUGCAGCCGGGCAUGCCUCCGCCUCUAAAUGCCCGUUUCUGGCAGCAGAGAUGAGCCAGAAGAACAGCGGUGUGGUCCGGCAGGCCAGCAUGGCUCUCCAGGAGGAUGUUUCUGAAGUUCGCACCGUGCAGAAAGACGUCUCUGCAUCGGCGCUCACUCCUCUGAAGGACGGCAUGAAUGGAGGAAACCUGAUGAAGAAGCUGAUGAAGCAGCGUCCCGCUCACGUCUCUCACCUGCUGCAGGACAACAUGCCCAAAAAUGUGUCCAGCUUUCGUUAUGAUGAGUUCUUUGAGAAGAAGAUCGAGGAGAAGAAGAGCGAUCAUACGUACCGCGUCUUUAAAACGGUGAACCGCAGAGCCACAGAGUUCCCCAUGGCGGACGACUACACCGAGUCUUUAUCCUUCAAGAGGAACGUGUCUGUGUGGUGCAGUAAUGACUAUCUGGGCAUGAGCCGCCACCCGCGCGUCGUCCAGACCAUCAUGGACACUUUAGGAAAGCAUGGCUCUGGAGCCGGAGGGACCAGGAAUAUUUCGGGCACCAGUAAGUUUCAUGUGGAUCUGGAGCACGAGCUGGCGGAUCUCCACGGGAAAGACGCCGCUCUGCUCUUCACCUCCUGCUUUGUGGCUAAUGACUCUACGCUCUUCACCCUCGCCAAGAUGAUGCCGGGUUGUGAGAUCUAUUCAGACGCAGGCAAUCACGCCUCAAUGAUUCAGGGCAUCAGGAACAGCGGCGCCAAGAAGUUUAUCUUCCGUCACAACGACGCCAAACAUCUACGAGAGCUUCUGGAGAAAUCCGAUCCGUCCACUCCCAAGAUUGUGGCCUUUGAGACGGUGCACUCCAUGGACGGCGCAGUGUGUCCACUGGAGCAGCUGUGUGAUGUGGCUCAUGAGUUCGGCGCGGUCACCUUCGUGGAUGAGGUGCAUGCGGUGGGUCUGUACGGGCCCCGCGGUGGCGGCAUCGGCGAUCGGGACUCGGUCAUGCACAAGAUGGACAUCAUCUCGGGCACUCUGGGCAAGGCGUUCGGCUGUGUGGGCGGGUACAUCGCCAGCACACACGCGCUGGUGGACACGGUGCGCUCGUACGCGGCCGGCUUCAUCUUCACCACGUCUCUGCCGCCGAUGCUGCUGUCGGGCGCGCGUCAGUCUGUGCAGAUCCUGAAGAGCGAAGAGGGACGAACGCUGCGCAGGAAACACCAGCGCAACGUCACACUGCUGCGCCAGAUGCUGAUGGACAGCGGCCUGCCCGUCAUACACUGCCCCAGCCACAUCAUCCCCGUGCGGGUUGCGGAUGCGGAGAAGAACACGGAGGUGUGUGACAUCAUGAUGAGCCGCUACAACAUCUACGUUCAGGCCAUCAACUACCCGACGGUGGCGCGAGGAGAAGAGCUGCUGCGCAUCGCCCCGACACCACACCACACACCCCAGAUGAUGAAAUACUUUGUGGACAAGCUGACGCAGACGUGGACAGAGGUGGGUCUGCCGCUGAAGCCUCACUCCUCCGCCGAGUGUAACUUCUGCCGUCAGCCGCUGCACUUCGAGAUCAUGAGCGAGAGGGAGAAAUCCUACUUCAGCGGCCUCAGCCAGCCCAUAUCGGCCUGCGGAUAACACACACACACACACACAGCGCUCUGUGUGCUCUUAAUCUACAGUCUGAGGUCUUUUAUAUUUAAGAUGUUUAUUGUAGGCCAGUCACAUGUCCAUUCCUGUGUGAUCAGCAUUAUGUGUCUGCUCGUCAGUUUUAAUAAACUAAUGACACACACACACACACACA